GAGCUCCUCUAGAGCGUGUGUGCGAGCUAGUGUGUGUGAGCGUGUGUGUGUGUCUGCUCUGCUGUUGCUGCCCUCUGAUCCCUGCAUUAGUGUUAGUUAGGGGCUCGGAGACACACUUACACAGAGAGCAGCCAUAGUCAAGACACGGCAACAACAACAGCACAGAACCCUCCUCCUCCUGUGGUCCUAUACCCAACAAUACACUUUAAACCGCGAGGACAAGACAGGUAUACAGUCCCUGCCAUCACUCUCGCCUACAAUCUCAAUGGGGAAAAACCUUUUUUCUUCUUAUCCCUAAAACAAGGAGGAGAAUGUGACAAAAAGGGGGAAAAUGCCAAGGAGGAAGCAGGAGCAACCCAAACGCCUGCCUUCACAUGUGGACAGCGUCGAGGAGAGUGGGCCCGACGGGGGCUGCUGUCCCGUGGAGGACGACGGCGGCGUUGGCGGCGGUGGCUGGUACGGGAACGCCUCCGACACGCGCUCCGAGUCGUCGUACAGCGGUGACAUCCAUGACGACCAUGAGCUGUUCCUCCCCGGGGGCUCCUCCCCCACCCCCUCCCCAGACCGACCUCCAGAACACCCCGACACCUCGACCGAGAGCUCCCUGGGGGGCUGCCCUACGCCUGUCCACAACCACCACCACCACCACCGGGCCUCCCUUGAACUCCUGAGCCUAGGGGUGGACGGAGGGGUGUUCUCUGCCCAAGAUACCCUUUCCUCCGUGGUAUCCUCGCUCUAUGGAGAGGCUGCCUCCGAGGCCCUGGGGAAACCCUGA